AUGUUGACUAAAACAGUUCUUUCAAGUUUGCCAAUUUUUCUACCCUCUUUACAAGAACAAGAAAAAAUUCUCCAAGAGUUCCAAAUCGUUUAUAAUACUUUCUUUAAAUCCGAAGUAAUUUAUAAUGAUUUUUUAUUAAAUCUAAUGAAAAAAUAUUUAGAGAUAGGCGAUUUACUUUUUCAAAAAUAUAAAGACAGCCAAAUUAAAAUUAAAGACCGUUUUAAGUUAGUGAGGGGCAAAACUCCUCCUACAACAAAUAAAGAGUAUUAUCAAAACGGAACUAUAAAAUGGAUAAAUAGUGGGGUUUUAACUAAUUUAUAUUUUUUAACUAAUGAAACUCCGGUCAGCAAACAAAUUACUGAAAAAGCGGCAAAAGAAUGUCAAAUUCCUUUGGUUAUUCCAAACAUAAUGGGAACCGGGAUUUAUAAUUUCAUUGGUAAUAGUCCGGUUGAAAAUGCUGUGCUUUUUUUUGCUCUGCGAAAUGCUAGAAAGGAGAUAAUUAAAAAAAUCUGCUUAAAAGGAGCUACCCAGUUUACCAGCAUUAGAGGUUCAGAAUUAAUUAAUUUUCCUCUUCG